AUGGCUACCAACUACACGAACAACGAGGCCGCGAAAACGAGACCGCAGCCGGUCCGGUCCAAUUCCAGCCAGGAUGUCAAUAUUACUACAUCCGAGGAACACGUCAAUAAGCCAUGGUGGCACUCAAUCAAGGAGCCUGGAUCGGCUCUGCAAAUUAUCACGGCCGCGCUCUUGGCCAUUGCCGUUGGUCUGAUUAUUUCAACUCAGGCCCCCAGCGUCCCUGCCGCAGCUCGAGUCAUUGUGUCGAUCCCUGGUGAUCUGUGGUUGCGUGCCCUCAAGGCUGUCGUUCUUCCUUUGAUCGUUUGCUCAAUGCUUCUUGCUGUGCAGCGGCUGCGUGAGAUGUCCAACGGAGGCAGCCUGUUAGCCAGGUGGACGGUCGGAUACUAUGUUAUCACCACACUCAUCUCCAUCACGAUCAGUUGUAUCAUGGUGGGAUUGGUCUGGUCAAAGCAGUUUUUCCCUGUUGAUGAAGAUCAAUUGAAGCUUGCCGAGGACGACGAUUCACUCCCCGAUACAUCUGAGCGCCCCAUCCACACUGUCGUCCUAGACAUGUUUCGGUCGUUCAUUCCCUCCAACGUUGUGUACGCCAUGGCGAAUGACGAGCUGCUUGCUGUCAUUAUCACCGCUAUCAUUGUCGGAUAUCUCAUUGAGAGCCCUCGAUCCCCCAUCGUCCGUGUCACCGAGGAAAUCGAGCGGAUGAUCACCAAGAUCAUCACCUUUCUCAUCCAGGUUGCUCCUGUUGGGGUUUUCUUCCUCAUUUUGAGCAACCUCAUGAAGCUUGAUAUUACAACGAUUGGCAAGAAUCUCGGGUUGCUGAUUGGGGCGACACUAUCGACAAUGCUAAUCCACGUCCUCAUUAUACUGCCAAUCAUCUUCUUUAGCUUCACCAGAAUGAACCCUUACGCAUACUGGAUCAAAAUCGCUCCCGCUUGGGUCACUGCAUGGGGUUCUGCCUCUUCUGCUGCCACACUCUCGGUAACGCUCCGUUGUGCUCAGGCUCAAGGGGUCCCUUCGACUGUAUACAAGUUCUCAUGCCCCUUGGGUUGCUUGAUUAAUAUGGACGGCACGGCUAUUUAUCUCCCUGCGGCUGUGGUAUUCUUGGCUGCGACACAGAACAUCACCCUGAGCCCUGCCGAUUAUGUGAUUAUUGCUCUUCUAUCCACUCUGGCAUCCAUUGGUGUGAGCCCCAUUCCUUCGGCUUCCCUUGUGCUUUCAGUCAUGAUUGCUCGCUCGGUCAAUGUCGAGCUCACUGGAAUGUUUGCUGUCAUUGUUGCCAUCGACUGGUUUCUGGACAGAUUCCGUACCGCUGUUAAUGUGUCUGGGGAUCUCUUUGCCGCCAUGAUUGUUUAUAAGAUGACCAAGAUUGAGGACUCGCCGGAGGUUCAGGGGCAAGACGCUCGAGAGCAGGGGGAGCAGGGCAGGUGCAACAUGGAGGACGUCGCCAAUAAAGUGUAA